AUGCUGGAGCAGAAAGGCUUCAACAUAUUACUGAAUCAGGGAAAGAUGUUUGUGAGGUCUGGGAAUCAGGUGGUGAUGGAGGCUGACAGAGAGCAUAUCCUUUAUUAUCUCACUGCUAAAGCUGUUGAUGGUGAAAGCAAUAUUGUGUCAGAUGAGAGCUUGAGGCUGUGGCACAUGAGGUUGGGCCAUCCAGCUGAAGGAAGCAUGAAAGAGCUGAUAAAGAAAGGCCUAAUUCCUAGAGAUAACAGCAACAAGAUGGAUCCCUGUGAGCAGUGCAUUCUUGGGAAGGCAAAGAAGGCUCUCUAUCCUACAACACCUCUUGGCUACAUACACAGUGAUCUUUGGGGUCCUUCAUCUAUUAAUUCAAUUGGUGGAAGGAGAUAUUAUCUAUCUAUUAUUGAUGAUUAUACUAAAAGCUCUGGGUCUAUAUUCUAA